GGGGCGGAGCCAAUGGAGACAGGGAGCCUCUUGAUCGUCGACUGCGGAGCAGAGCCUCAGUAGCAGACGCUGACGCUGUAUGGUGCAAAACCAUAGUGUCUUUUUUGUUCUUCUUAGGGACCGGCUUUAUGAUUAAGCUACAAUCUUCAAUGAGUAAGCAUAUCCCUCAGUUCUGUGGUGUUCUUGGUCACACAUUUAUGGAGUUUCUGAAGGGCAGUGGGGACUACUGCCAGGCACAGCACGACGUCUAUGCAGACAAGUGAACUGUAGAAAUUUAUUACUACUCCACGAAGAAACCCCCUUAGGAGCAGAGUACCUGCGGUACUAAUAACCUGGAUAAGCAUCGUUGAAUUCCGAAACUGGCAGAGCACUUAUCUUUAACUGAGAAGAUCAAACCUGGAUGGGGUAAUCUUCAGUGCACUGUCCUAUUUGUUGGCCUCAGUAUUACUGGAAUUAAGAAGGAUUGCUGCUUUUACCGAGAGGUUCAUCCAAUCCCUUCAUUUUUUUCCUCAUAUUUCCAAGCACUGAAAUCACGUGGAGUAUAGUGAAACUUUCCUCCCCAUAUUUACAUUUGUUUGUAUUUGGUAUUUUUAAACAUUUUGUUUAGUCUAUUUGUAAUUUAAAAAAAAAAAAACUUUUAAUAAUGGCCCGAAUGAAUCGCCCAGCCCCUGUGGAGAUCACCUACAAGAACAUGAGAUUCCUCAUCACCCACAACCCCACCAAUGCAACCCUAAACAAAUUCAUAGAGGAGUUAAAAAAGUAUGGAGUUACUACAGUGGUGAGGGUUUGUGAAGCCACUUACGAUACAUCCUUGGUUGAAAAAGAAGGUAUUCAGGUUCUGGACUGGCCUUUUGAUGAUGGUGCUCCACCUUCAAACCAGAUUGUCGAUGACUGGCUGAACCUCUUGAAAAAUAAGUUCCGUGAGGAGCCUGGCUGUUGCAUUGCUGUUCAUUGUGUGGCAGGACUUGGAAGAGCACCUGUCUUGGUUGCCCUUGCACUGAUUGAGUGUGGAAUGAAGUAUGAGGAUGCCGUUCAGUUCAUAAGACAGAAACGUCGUGGAGCAUUCAAUAGCAAGCAGCUCCUUUACUUGGAGAAAUACCGCCCAAAGAUGCGUCUGCGCUUCAAAGAUUCCAAUGGUCACCGGAACAACUGCUGCAUCCAGUAGACAUCCUUUUCACCAUGCACAGGAAGUGAAGAUAAUGGCGUUGUGACGUGGCCAUAUCUAAUGUAGUUAAUGUGCUUUUUUAUAUAUAUAUAUAGUUACAUUAUCUUUUUCAUAAUUGUCAUUAGGUGCUUCCAUUUGAGAUGCAAGGAUACAUGUGUGGCAAAAGGCUUUUGCUGCCUUGUUCUCUACGUUGAGCAUUAGCCAUCUCACUUUAUGGUUUAAGUUGCUGCUGUAUUUUUUUUUUUUUGCACAGUGUAAAAAAGGACCUUACCCUUGCUGAAAUCCAGUUUGGUGUUUCCAAAUGAAUCAUGCAUUGCAGUGUAACAGUACAUCUUGCAAUUUAAUUUGACGUGCAGGGCAUUAGGUGCCAAAGUUCUGUAUCUUACACUUCGUUUUAAAUUGUUCAAGUUCUUGCUAAAUUUGACACAUUGUUAAAUCAUAUUUGAGAAUGAAUAGUCUGGGACUGUCAGAUUGGCGCCUGGAAGGAAAUUAGUCUGCGUAGUACACUGGUGUACACUGAAGAGGUUUAUAACAAGGGUUGGGAGGAUGUCUGCACAGACGGUCACUUUGUUGUGUGUUCACACACCAUUCAUGCACCAUUUCUUUUUCAACUGCCUUUUUUUUUUCCCCCCCAAAACCAGCCAUAUUAAGUUUAUUCAUUUUCACCAAAACUAAAUGGAGCCGUAACUUUGUCGACUGUAUCAAAGCACAUGAUUUUCUUUUUUCCCUCUUUUUUUUUUUCUUGAACUUCUAUAUAAAGGCCUUACAUUGCACUCUUGGGUGCACCUUGACAGGGGGGCCUAUUAUAUAUACGGUUGGGAAGGGCUGUUUAAAAAAAAUUUGUAUUGGGGAGGGAAACUAUAUUGCCUUUGUCUUGUGCAGGAAAUAUUAGAAGUGUCCCCUUUUUUUUUUUUUUUUUUUUUUUUAAUAUUACAGAUGCUUUGUUGUAGCUAAGAUUCUUAUUGUAUAAUGAACAUAUGGACUUGUAAUUUUUCUUUUAAUGUAUGUAUUGGAACUUUGUUUACCAACUACUGCUUUGUCUAAAAUGUGAUUUCUUUAGUUUUGGCUUCAAUCUGUAGACUUGAAUGUCUGCAAUAUUUUGUAUGCCUUUUUAUUUGAUCUGCAUAACUUGGAUACUUGAUAAUUUAUGUAUUUGAAAUGGUGACGUGUAUUAAUGUUAGAUCAAAAUAUUUAUACUGUCUAUGGGAACGUGUGGUAUAGUUCUGUGGGAGAAAUUAUUUGCCAGUGUUCACCAGCUUGUUCUAGCGAAAGCUUGUACAUCUAAAUAAACACUGAAAGAGCCGUUGGUUCCUGUUCGACUUUCUCCUCUUCUCCACCCCUCAUCUCUAUCUUUGUCAAUCCUCCACCCCUGUUUCUUCUUGAAACAUUUGUUGGGAUUAAGAGAUUAGUAUCUGAAUGCAUAAUGUCUUUUGAAUCUGAGUGUUUACACAAUCAUGCGUAUACAGUGCAGUGAGUGAUCUGCGUCAAUUUUUCUGUUUAAUUGUGUAACUUCAGUGACAUUGGUCAAACAUUUCUGUGAUUUGUACUAGUCUGUAUAAAGAGGAGUGUCAAAAGUUGGUUUGGGCUGUCAUUUGAGCCAAUAAUUAAAAUUUCUGUUUGAAACA